CUUUUGAAACGAUCGCAAAAGAUACUCUCAGACCUCUUGUUUCAGGAUCUGCUUGUCACCAACAAGAUUCUAAAAAACUGACCAUGGCACGGAACCAGCAACCACACUCUGCUGUGCUCUUUCUCAUCUCUCUACUCAUAAUCGCCCUUUUCAACAAUCAACUCUUUGUUCAAGCCAAUAACGACAACAACAACAACACUUGUGCUUCUUCCGACAUGUCGUUUUCCUCUUUUCUUCGUGGCAAAGUAGCUCUCAUUACCGGCGGCGGUGGCACGAUUGGCGAAGCCAUUGCUUCGAAAUUGGUUGGCCAAGGAGCUUCGGUGGUAUUGGUUGGAAGGACGUUGGAGCGAUUGGAAAAGGCCCGGACAAAUGUGCUGUCGACGCAAGCGCAAGCCGCCAAGGACGCGGUAUCCGUCUUGACCUGCGAUGUGACCAAGGAAGACUCGGUGGUGCAACUGUUUUCCACUCUCGACGAACGAGGUGGCGUGGAUUUGUUGGUCAACAAUGCCGGUGUCGCCAUUGGCGGUCCUACCGAAGGCUUGUCGGGCGAGGAUUUCUCCUGGGUCAUGAAUGUGAAUGUAGUCGGACCCUUUCUCUGUGCUCGCGAAGCACUCAAGAGAAUGAAAGAGAAACAGGGUGGCCGCAUCAUCAACAUUGGUUCCUUGAGUGCCAUUUCGCCACGACCCGACAGUGCUCCCUACACCACGAGCAAAUUUGCCAUUAUGGGUUUGACGCACAGUUUGGCACUGGAUGCCCGUCCCUACGGUGUUGCCGUGGGUAUGAUCCAUCCCGGUAAUGUGGUCAGUGCCUUGUUGAGCCCCGAGGAAGCGGCCCGACGAGAAGAGGCGGAAGGAUUCUUACAGCCCGAGGAUGUCGCCAAUUCGGUCUUGACCAUGGCCAGUCUUCCCUAUCAUGCCAACAUCUUGGAACUGACUGUGUUGCCCACUCGUCAGCCUUUGGUUGGAAGAGGCUAGCUAUAGAUAGAUGCAUGUAGAUGGGCAGUGACAUUCUUGGCAUAUACCGGUACAUGAUCUUGGAAAACAUGCCGGAAUGCCAUGACCAUAAAGUGCCCACAUUUCUAUGCUAUUUAGCUACCAAUUUACUGAACUAGGAUACCUA